AUGGCACAGUCCACUACCCGGAUACAGUCAGCCGAAAGUGGCCGCGCAGCAUUUGGUCACAGCGUGACUGACCUCUUCGAGGGCCAGCUGGCAUUUCUGUCGCAUAUCAGGGCCUACGAGGAGCAACUCAAGGAGAUCGCCGACGAUAUCGCAUCGAUCUCUGGCAUGAGGAGCCGUCAGGACGGCUGGGCAGUUAAGUCCUCGAAGGCACUGUCUGGCUUGCUGAGGCACAAUCAGAAGCUCAAACUGGGGAAGUACCUCGAAGCUACGAUGGAGCAGAUCGAGGAAUCGUCUGUCAGGCCUUUCAGCUGGGCGCUUCGGAAGUUCUUUGCUUUCCUUAUGGCGAACUCUAAAGGUCGCUUCCAGACGUGGAUCGCUCCUACUGCCUGCAGCUUCGAACGCUUCCUCGACUGGGACUUCUCCAUUGGGGUCUCCGCGAUACAGGGACACUCUCGACUCCCAGAGCAGGUGUCAGAGGUUGCUUGUGGGGAAUGGCUGAUCCAGCAGCGAUGUGGGGAACUCGGAUGCAUUUUUCACGCAUCUGAGAACCGCAAUUAUGAGUCCAUCAAACGCGAUGGCCUCCUGCUGCGGGCAACCAGACACGGAUGGCAACGUCACCGGAUGGCAAUUCACUUUGUCUAUGCCGGUGGGUCUGCGUCUCCCGGUCCUGGCACGGUCGUCCGAUACGGAAGCAACAUCUUCUACGAACAGCUCGACAUCGGCAGACUGAAGCACGAAGAGAAACAGCGUGCUGCCAGAGCAAGCUCCUCCUUUGAGGAGGCAGCUCCAUCGGCAGCCGACUGCUUUUCUGCUGCCACGGGAGGCUCUCCGUCUGGAGAGGUACCUAUGUUGGAUCAGGAAUCGCUUCGCCGUCUUAUUCGAGAGGACGAACUUCGUGAGGCAGCCAAGAGGUCCACAGCUGAAGAGGGUACUACUCGGUACUCCUAUGAAGCUGGCGACACCGUGCAUGGGCGAGUGGACGGAAUUCGUCUCCAGCAAGAGGAAGAGCUCAGGGACAUCAUCCAGAAG